AUGACACACGAGGACAGCAUUCAAGAACUGUACCAGCUAAUGUCAACAAAAACAACAUGGACCGAUGCAAAUCUCAUCUUCGCCAUCACCCUUCCACUUGUUGACGAGGAGCAAUUCAUGGCGUACAAGAUGACACCAAAUCCAUUCCGAAAUUCGGACAAUCAGUUGAAAAGCGUCACCAGCGAAGCCGACUUCCUUGUGAUCAACGACCAUCGAGACAGGUUCUUUACGCUCAACACGCUGCAAAUGGCGAAAUGCUAUCGGCUGAACAGCAACGUUUUAGUCUGCCCAAAGCAGCAUAUGACGUUUUCCUCCGAAGCACCUAUGUGGAGAUGUUAUCUGAACUUGUUCCUGAACCAGGGUGGGACCCAAUGCCCACAAUGCUCGGCAACAUGGAUUCCGUUACACGCGCCGAAUACUUGGCUGUUCGCCACAAAAGAGACAGCCAACUUAACAGCGCUUUCCAGCUUUCCGGAAUCUAAAGCGGAGAAACAAUUCUUUCAACAAAACAUGCAGCUAUUCCUAUCAUACCAUCGCAAUCAAAUAAGUCGAGUGUACCCGAAGGGACAGCGUCUGGACUCAUCCAAUUUUAAUCCAGUACCAUUCUGGAACAUCGGAUCUCAGAUGAUAGCACUCAACUAUCAGACUGGUGACAAGGCCAUGCAAUUGAAUCAGUCGAAAUUCCGCAAUAAUGGACAAUGUGGUUAUAUAUUAAAGCCGGCCUUCAUGAUGCUGGAUAGCUUUAAUCCCAAUAACCCAUUAUCGGAUGGACUUAAUGAAAUUAAAGUCUCGAUACGCAUUAUUGCCGCCCGACAUCUAUUUCGUGGUGGAAAAUCGAACAAUCCACAGAUUGUGGUGGAAAUUUGCGGCGCCUCGUUCGAUAGUGGUAUCAAAUAUCGCACUAAAGUAAACGAGAAUGGUUUCCAUCCCAUAUGGAACGAAUCCUGUGAGUUCAUCGUGCGCAAUCCCCAGCUGGCUUUGCUAAGAUUUGAGGUCCAGGACGAGGAUAUGUUUGCCGAAACGCAUUUCAUAGCGCAGGCUUGCUAUCCUUUAAAUUGCGUACGCCAAGGCUAUCGCAGUGUUAUCCUGCGCAACAAAUUUAGCGAAGAGCUUGAGCUCUCUUCCCUGCUUAUCCAUUUAAAUACUGUAAAUGUUUCAUAAUUAAGGCAAAGAUUUGAUU